AUGGCCAAAAAACGACAUCAAUUCACACUGAAAGAAAAAUUAAGCAUAUUGAAGGAAAUAGACUCUGGGAAGAAAAAGAAUGACGUUGCCAAAAACGGCAUAGCACCUUCAACGAUAUCAACGUUUUUAAAAGAUCAGAAGAAAAUAGAAGAGCAAAUUAAAGAACGUGCAAUGGGACCAGAUAGGAAGAAAAUUCGAAGCGCUUUAAAUGAUAAUGUGGAUAAGGCAACUUUCGCAUGGCUCCAAGAUGUACGGUCACGAAAUGUCUCCUUAAAUGGACAGAUGAUUCAUGAAAAAGCCUUGGAAUUUGCUAAGAUGUUAAAAGCUGAGUCAUUCCAGGCAAGUGUCGGAUGGCUCAAUGGGUUUCGAGAACGCUACGGGAUAACAUCGAGGGCAAUUUGUGGAGAAGCAAACAGUAUCCCACAAGAACAUGUUGCAGAAUGGCGUGCAGGAGACAUAAAAAGAAUUGUGGCGGAGUACAGCAGGAAUGACAUUUUUAAUGCAGAUGAAACAGGGGUAUUUUACCAGUUACUUCCUCAUCGGACUUUGACAUUUAAAGGAGAUCCGUGUAAAGGGGGAAAGAAAUCAAAAGUCAGAUUACCCGCGUUGUUCUGUUGCAAUGCUUCAGGCAUGGAAAAGUUGAAGCCGUUAAUCAUAGGGAAAUAUGCAAAUCCGCGUUGUUUCAGAAACGUGCAUUCACUUCCCUGUGAUUAUCGGUCAAACCAACGUGCCUGGAUGACACAGCAAUUAUUCAACAAAUGGUUAAUAAAUCUGGACAGAAAAAUGGAAAAACUGGAGCACAUGAGAGUUGAAUUCUUUCCCCCAAACUGUACAGCAGUGCUGCAGCCAUUAGAUUUGGGAAUUAUACGUGCCGUAAAGGUACACUACAGGAGUCAUCUCAUAAAAAAAAUAUUUCUGAAUUUAGUUUCAGACGAGAAAAAAAAAAAAAUCGGUGUUAGAGAGGCCUGCGACAUGAUUUGCACUGCAUGGUGGUCAGUGAAAGAGUCCACCAUUUUCAAAUGCUGGAACAAGGCAUCACUGAUUGAAGGCACUGAUGUAGAAAUUGCCGAAGUUGACGAAAUGGCAGAAAUGGACAUAGAAAAUGUAGGCAGAGAUAUGCGAGGCUCAGUGGUUCCUGACACAGCAGGUGUUGGGUAUGAAGAUUACAUCAAAGUAGAUGACUAUGUAAUGGUUGCAAGCGAGCUGACAGAAAGAGACAUUAUUGAAAAUAUGCAGCCACAUGCUGAAAAUAAUGAAAUCUUAAAUGUGGAGAGUGAAGAUGAGAAUAAGGAGGAAGUUUUGCCGCCGGACACAAAGGUUUCCUUUGAAAAUGCCAUUAAUGGCUUGAAGAACAUUCAGGUGUUGGCAGACAUCCUGAGCCAGUUUCAACAGUAUCAGGUGCAACAAGAAGUGGACAGUGACUGGGCCAGGAAUGAAAUACAGAUUCCUGGAAGUAUCAAGUUCAAAUAG